GAAUUAUAUUUUGUCUAAAGCAACGCCAGUCUUGGAUGAAUUAACAUUUGAGGACGAAGGUCCUUUCCUGCAAAGGUAAUUCUUGUGCUUGGCGGACUGGCGUAAGUACCGAGCGAACGAUCGAUUGACUGUUUCUUCUUUCCUAGAUACUUACGAGACACGCUGUUUGGUACAGCUGCAUACUUUGACUACAAACCUGCCAUCAAUAAGGCCAAAGGACUGUUUGAAAACUUUACGGCUGAGAUUGAGAGGUAAGUAAGUUCUUCUUUGAAACCUUUCUUUCUGGAUAAUAUAUUCCUGCAGAAUAUAUGGCUACCGAGUGAUUUAACCUCAUGGUUUACGAUUGACUUUCCAUAUAAAUGUCCUGAUUGAAAUCACGUCACAAUAACUUUGGUGCAUAAUUUUGUAUUAGCAUGUUAGUUGUUGUUAGGAGAACGUUUAGAAUUAGGGCUCGAAUGAGGUAUGUUCUGGUAUGUUCAGUAUAGGUAUCAGUAAUCAGUUACCUAUGAACUACGUGAAGCAUUCCUCUUCUGAGUUCCUAACUCAUUUGAAAUUUUCCUAAAUAAUAAUUGCAAAUUUGGAAAACUUUUUGCAAAUCGCUUGAGAGAUGUUCCUAUCGGCUAUUGCAGUAUUCCAAUGCAGAGAAACUUCCUUUUAAAUUUCCCUAACUUCCUGUUUUAAUUUCCUGACGUUCUGUUCUGUUCUGUUCUGUUCUGUUCUGUUCUGUUCUGUUCUGUUCUGUUCUGUUCUGAGCGUUGUCGUUGGUGGAUUGUUUUUGUUAGCCAAUUACAACGAGCAGAACAGGACAAGACGUUAGGAACUUGUGACAGGACUGAAGACAAAAUCCAAAAUAUUUAGCUGUUCGUAUUUGCUAUUCAAGUCCGGUUUUAAUUGUUGGAUGAAAAGAGCAUCUGUGAUUUUGCGUUCCAAAGACCUAAUUAGUUUUCUUUACGAUUUUAACUGAAAAUUUCGGCUCUUGUCCAGGAUGGUAUUCUUCGUAGUGCUUAGAAAAUGCCAUGUUUUUGUAAGCCCCAUUUGGCCGUUGGAUUUUCUGCAGAGCGGUAAUGUUGCUUAUAUAUAUCUAACGAUCAAAGGUCGGCUUGUUUCGCCAAUUAGGAAUAGCUAGAGUGAGAAAUGGCUGUAUUGAUCUUGUGGUUGGUUGUUAAUAUCGAAAUUGACGCAACAAAUUUCUGUCGAUAGUGUACCACCUAACUUCCGAUACGUUGCGUACGAUGCCGGUGUGAGGCUUGGGGCGAGGAAAGAAUGGGAAUUCAUGUGGGGAAAAUAUCAGAAAGAAAUUGUUGCUGAAGAGAAGAAAAAGUUGUUGUUAUCUUUGACAGCCACACGGGAAGCUUGGCUUUUGCAAAGGUUAGUUUAUUUAUGACUGGUCAUUUUAAAUGGUACGCCAAAGAGAUGUGUGAAGUUCAGUAAGUUUUGCUUAUAUUGCUGCAUAAAUAUGGCGUCGAUUUAACAGCAUUUGUAUUUAAAUUGACAAUAUUUAACUAUUAUUUUGCGUUUCUCGCCAGAUACAUUUAAAAAGGUUGCUAAAUGUGUGAACUACAAAAUAAAGCUAAAACGAAGUCAUUUUGAGAGGAACGUCAAAACGAUUUUAGGUUUUGAACACUUUUCAUCGCAAAUACAGUACACAACAUUGAAAAAAAUUGCCUCUUAAUAAACCGAAAUAUAGCCGAAUUUCAUCUGGAGCAUUCCAAUUUUGAGUAAGACCAAAUUAGUGAUGCAUCGAUAUCCAUAUCGGUGUAUCGGCUUCUCAGUAUACUAUUAGUAUAAAAAUAGAAAUUUCGGUAUCAGUAAUUUUGUUGUUGAUUUUACCGAUAUCUAAGGAAACUAGUUAAACGAAUUCUUUACACCUAAAAAUUACGAAAAAUCAAAGUUUUGACUUGAUAUUGGAAUAUCGGUGAAGUUCCAUAUCGAUGCAUCACUGGACCAAAUAUACCUUUACAAGUGUUCAUACGCAUGAAUUAUCUACAUUUAUUAUAUGGCAAGCAUCACUUCCAGUGAAAUGGCGGAAUGUGAUUGGCUGAGAAGCACUUUCAGUGGGCCAUUAUUUCCCGUAAUGGACCGGUGGUCCAUUACGUAAAAACAAACGCAUGCAUUUUGAAAGAAAACAGCAAAAUUAAUUGAAAAUUUGAAAAUGAUAAUUUAAUUUGUUAUUAAUAAGACAUCUGCGAAUGGUUUUAAGUGGAAAGAAAGGAAUACAUUGGUAAUUUUUGUUUUCUUCGAUCAAAUGUGUACUACGCUACUAAUAUGCAUUUCUACUAAUAUGCAUUGUUUGUUUCAAGUAUAAAUGCCUAUAAAUGCCAUAUAAUAAACCUUUUAUUAAUAAAUCUUUAUAUAUAUUUUUAAUAAACCUUUUAUUAAUAAACCUUUUAUUAAUAAACCUUUUAUAAUAAACCUUUUAUUUUCGCUUGCUCGGUACGUACAGAGAAAUAUCGUACCUCGGUCUUUUUUUACAAACCUCGCCCUACGGGCUCGGUCUGUUCAAAAAAUACUUCGGUCCGAUAAUUCUUUGUAAAGACCUUGCGCUCGGUUAAUAAGAAGUUAAUAUGAUAUUUUCUGUGUUUGUGUAAUGUACUCAGGUGAAUAAGAUGCUUGUGAUGUUACUCUGAGUGUAUACCCACACCGGGCAGGCUUGAAAAAUAUGCCUGGCCACGGUGGGAAUCGAACCUACGAACCGUCGAAUCGAACCGUCGUAGGUUCGAUUUGCACCGUGGCCAGGCAUAUUUUUCAAGCCUGCCUGGUGUGGAUAUACACUCAUAACAUCACAAGAACUUAAUAAUUGCGUAUUAAAUUUCAAGGGACCCACAACCGUAGAGACACCCGGUGGGCUAAUGACGCUUAUAUUGAACCAAUGGGGAGAACAGUUUUGAAAAUUUUAGUUUUCAUUUGAGACUGUAUACACUGAUUAACACUAUAAAUUGUUAUAAUCAUUACUGUAACUAUCAAACUUCCCUUUCCAGAUGUUUGGAAUACACUCUGAAUACAAGUCUGAUUAAGUCUCAGGAUGGUGACUCCGUAAUAAGCAGUGUGGCUGGCAACCCGAAUGGUAGAUUGUUAGCCUGGGAUUUCUUUAGAAUUCAUUGGGCAACUUUUAGAAAACGGUGGGUAUGCUGUUUGUUUCAGCACUUUUUUUGAAAAAAUGCUAGUAUAUGGAUCCUAUUGUUUGUUUGUUUGUUUGUUUGUUUGUUUGUUUGUUUGUUUGUUUGUUUGUUUGUUUGUUUGUUUGUUUGUUUGUUUGUUUGUUUGUUUGUUUGUUUGUUCGUUUGUUUGUUUGUUUGUUUGUUUGUUUGUUCACAAAUCCUCAUGUAUGUGUCUUGAUGUUAAAGACUUGUUUAUUAAGUGUUUUAUGCUGUUUCUUGAUAUUAAUUUAGAUACGGUUCCGAGGCAUUUUCGUUCGGUGUUCUUAUCAAAGCUGUCACUACUCAUUUUCAGACUGAAUUCCACUAUAAUGAAGUAAGUUUAAAUAUAUACUACGAUGUCAUUUUUACCUAAUCAAGCUAUACAUAUCCCGCUAUUAUCGUCGAUUUCAGUUCACUUUUCAAGACGCGGUUGCGAAGUUCGUUCCCAAGUUCCCAAUUACGUUUCGAAGUUCGGAAGUUGGGCGGGAACUUCUAAACGAACUUCCGAACUUCGAAAUGAACUUCUCAUACAUCAUUAGAUAUUCAUAGCAUUUCGGCCAAUGACAUGGUUUAAUUUACAUCACGUGUAUCUAUCUGGAUACCCCGUCUAGACCAGGACUUUAAUUACUUCAAGUGGGAAGGGCUUUGGACAAUAGGGAAAUUGAGGCGUAAACAAAAGAUUAUGCAAAUAUAUUUAAUUGCUAUGUUUAGAAUUAUUUCUAAAUACAGUAAGUUGUAUUUAGAAAUUUAUUCUAACUACACUUUAUAGCUAACACUUUUCCUAAACGUUUGAAAACUACAUAAAUAUAGGAAAACCAACUUUUUUACCAACUAUCAUAAUAAACAGCGCUUUAAACACUAUAAUACAGCAACUUACCAGUAAUGUUUACCGUCUAUAAAAUAUAUAUUCACUUCGGCUCUUUCAUUUUCCACCAGAUAGCGCCUUAUCGCACACACAAUCUGAUAUAUCGUUUUUCGGAUCCCCAACCUUGUCAGCCGAGCGACAAUACUGUGCACAAUGCUGUGCUCAACACUUUCUGGUUCUCGAAACCGCUUUUUCUUAUAUUAUAAGAAGAUACCAUGCUCUUUUGCCAACAAAAUUCAUCUAUUCACGACGAAAGCGAACUGAAUGCUUCGUUGCGCUUCAUGCAAACUUUCAAGCGAAUGUAAUCGUUAAUGCCCACGCUCACUUUUUUGAAUAUCUAAUAAUUUCAUGCCUCAUUGCUAUGAAAGUCUAAUGAUGUGUGAGAAGCAAUUUCAAAUCCUCGUUAGUGUUUUAAACUUGGCUUCCAAAUCCCCAGUGCCAUGAACAAUGGCUCGGCUGCGCCUCGCCAUUGUUCAUGGCACUUGUAUUUAGAAACCACGUCUAAAACACUAACUCGGAUUUGAAAUAUUACUUCCGAACUUCGAUUUGAACUUCCAAACCCGAUCGCGCCUAACAUAGUAGGGAUACAUGAGACCGGAACGAAGUCAAACCAGGACCAUUUCGUUUCGGUCAUAGUAUUAUCUAUAAUAGAUGUUUACAUGAGACCGGGACGAAAAUAACUGAGACCGGUCUCAAGUCAUUCCGCCUGCUGAACCGAACCGACUGACUUCAGAUUGGCAUGAAUUCAGACCGGGAUGAAUGUAAACACAAAUACAUUUCAGACGGCGGUCUCGGCUGUAACCUUGACAUUGGAACAACACAUGCUAACAAAAGCCAUCUGAAAAAGAAAAUUGCCUGGCCAGGGGAAUACAUUGAAAAUUUUGUGAUCUUCGUAUCGGUCUCAUGUAAACAUGUUGACAAUUUCAAUUUUCAUUCCGGUUUGACUUCGUCCCGGUCUCAUGUAAACAGGGCCUAAGACGUCAGCCAAAACAAACUUCUUCAAAUAAAUUAAUUAUCUCGGCAAUUCCUUCGUUAUUCAACCACUUCUCUAUAAUUUCCUGCCUGACUUUGUCAGGCAAAGCUUUCCCUUGUGUCGUAUACGAAUUCGACAUGAUAGGGACCUUAAGCAAACGGGACGGCGAAGCGUUUUAGGACGGCUAUUCAUGCAAUGAUAGUCCUGAUCUCGUACAAAAGAAAUGAAUAAUUAAAAGUCCCACGGGAGUUAGAGACGUCUUGUGUACAACGCAAACAUGUCAAGACGCGACAAGUGAAACUACAAAUUUGCUCAGCAGUAGCGUUUUUAACCAUAAAGUCUUUGUUUUAAUCUCUUCAAACUCAACUCAAUUCAUAUAUACAUGCAGUGGAUAAUACACAACAACUCUUCUUCGCAAUAAUUAAUUAAUUUAUUUGAAGAAGUUUGUUUUGGCUGACAUCUUAGGCAGCGUUUACACUGUACCGUUUUCGUAGCGUUCUCGUAUUGUUCGAGAGAACUAGACUAUUGUCUUGCGUUCCCUUGAGGAUUAAGAACACUGAUACGAGAACGCUACGAAAACGGUACAGUGUAAACGCUGCCUUAGGCCCCGUUUACAUGAGACCGGGACGAAGUCAAACCGGAAUGAAAAUUGAAAUUGUCAACAUGUUUACAUGAGUAGACCGAUACGAAGAUCACAAAAUAGUCAAUUUAUUCCCCUUGCCAGGCAAUUUUCUUUUUCAGAUGGCUUUUGUUAGCAUGUGUUGUUCCAAUGUCAAGGUUACAGCCGAGACCGCCGUCUGAAAUGUAUUUGUGUUUACAUUCAUCCGGUCUGAAUUCAUGCCAGUCUGAAGUCAGUCGGUUCGGUUCAGCAGGCGGAAUGACUUGACACCGGUCUCAGUUAUUUUCAUCCCGGUCUCAUGUAAACAUCUAUUAUAGAUAAUACUAUGACCGAAACGAAAUGGUCCUGGUUUGACUUCGUUCCGGUCUCAUGUAUCCCUACUAUGUUAGGCGCGAUCGGGUUUGGAAGUUCAAAUCGAAGUUCGGAAGUUCAUUUCGAAGUUCGGAAGUUCGUUUCGAAGUUCCCGCCCAACUUCCGAACUUCGAAACGUAAUUGGGAACUUGGGAACGAACUUCGCAACCGCGUCUUGAAAAGUGAACUGAAAUCGACGAUAAUACUGUCCUAGGGUAAGGGUUAGGUUUAGGUUAGGUUUGCAUAUAUAGUAUAAUUGCAGUACAUGUCAACCUUGAAAGAGUUCGAAAUAUUCACACCGAAUCUUUGGACCUUCAGUGACAGUGGCUCGCAGGGCUGCAGGUUAGAUUCCUGCAAGAGGCAGAGAGUUCGAUUCCUACAAGUCCCUUCAACAAUUAGUUAUAUUGAAUGAGAUGCCUAACCUCCUGAUAUGUACCCAUACAUCGUUCAUUGGCAUCAUCUUAGUAUUUAUUCAUGUACUUGUGGUUAGAGCUCGACAACUGGACUCUGUAGCUCAGUUGGUUAGAGCGCUGCUCUGGAAUCGCAGGUUCAAUUUCUGCUCUAAUAUAAAUGUAUAAAAAUUCACUCGAAUUUUCCAUAAUCUCCAAAUCUCUUCAUAAUAUCAAAUUACAUUUUUUGUUUGUUUUAUUUGUUCUUCUAGAUUAUUACAAAAUUAAAUAAGUUUUGUCUGACGUUUCGGUUUCCUACACGAAAACCAUCGAAUAGCCUGCUUGCCGCCUGGAGGGGGGGGGGGAUAAUCCCCCCCUCGCUUUGCUGCUCUGCGUGCUUCAAUACUUACCUCUGUCAUGCGCCUUGCCGGAAAUGUAUGGAACGUUUUGAAUAUCUCUCAACCAGUGGACAUUCUAUUACAUGGUUCAAGAAAUCUAAGUUUUGAAGUAAAUGCUGCAAUUUUCUCUGAAAUGAUUAUCCCCCCUUGGAAAUUCCAGGUGGCAAGCAGGCUAGCCAUUAGAGUAUUAAACUUGCCCCAAGUCUUUCUCGAAUGGGUUUUGAUAGGGUAUAUCCAGUUUAUUAUGAGAUCAGUUUUGAACUUGAAACGGAGAUCUCAUAAUAAACUGGAUAUACCCUAUCAAAACCCAUUCGAGAGAGACUUGGGGCAAGUCUAGCUAGCCAUCGCAACGUUAGAUAAAACUUAUUUAAUUUUGUAGUAAUCUAGAAGAACAAAUAAAACAAACAAAAAAUGAAUGAACUUGGAUUCAAACCUUUUAUCAAAUUACAUACUGUCGUGACAACAUAAGAUCGCAUCCCUCAGCAGGUUGCUUGUAACUUCGGGCUUUAAUAUUGCAAUUGCCUGAAUAUUUCUUUUCUAGGUGAAAGCGUUCUUCGAAGCCAAUCCAGAUGUUGGUUCAGCAGCGCGAAGUCUUCAACAAGCGUAUGAAGGCAUCCGAUUAAAUAUCCGAUGGGUUAAAGAGCAUGAACACGAGGUUGUGGAAUGGCUAAAGAAACAUCAGCCUCCAUCCUCCUGAAUUGCCUACAAUAACGAAUGUGAUAAGUGAAAUGAAAUUAUUAAAUUAAAAUGCACAAGAUUAUGAUUAAAGGGUUGGGCAAUGAAACUCAAGUCUGUUUACACAGAUAUGGAACUCGUUAAACGGUAAAAUAAGUCAUUCACAAUCUUUUUCGUUCUCGAAAUAUUUCAGGUUAAAAAAUAUUUUCAAAGAUGGCAGCCACGCCAAAGUCAUCAAGCUCACUGUUCAAAAUAGAUCAUAGUCUAUAUCGAUGAUUCCAUUGACUAAUUUGAGACUGUCAAAAAGUUUACCCAGCUUGUAACUUCAUCUUAUUUACAUAUGAAAUAAACUGAAAUAUCUUCUAACCAAAGAAAGAUUUAAAAAUUUUGUAAGAUGACUUACGCCUGUAUUCUAAAAGCUCACUCACACUCAUUGAGUGGAGGUUCAAUCUGAGCUUCUCUUGAGUGUCAAUGCUGUUUUUGAAUAGCUGGAGGGUGAGUAGUCACCGAGUAAGGUAUGACACUAGCCCUCCAGCUAUUCAAAAACAACAUUGACACUCAAGAGAAGCUCAGAUUGAACCUUCACUCAUUGAGUAUGAGUGUGAGUGAGCUUUUAGAAUACGGGCGUUAUUCUACAUUUUAAGGAUUUCUUUCUGUCUAAACAAUGUCACAUAUUUAAUUUUUGUUGCCCUGCAUGCCCUGUAAAGGCUGCUUUCUAAUUAGGCGUUUUUAUACGUGCGUACACGCAUGGAAAAGUUUAAACCAUUUAAAAGUUUCUUAUGAAAUAAUUAAAUGAAUAAAGGCGCAGUAUUCAGUUUUAUGUUUGAUUUAAAGUAUAUUUGUUGCGGUAAUUAGUACUUAUAUAAAAUUUAGAAUAAAAGAAUACCGAAUGGUUUUCCGUAUGCAGGAUUGCGUGAUCCAUGCACGGAGGGAUGUCGCGAGACUUUCGGAAAGCGUAAAAAUACUCGAGCCGCAGGCGAGUGUAUUUUUACGCUUUCCGAAAGUCGAGCAACAUCCCAAGUGCAUGGAUCACGCUAUCCUGCUUGGAAAACCAUUUGGUAAUUGUUUUAUAAAAUAACUACAGUGAAACAAUGACUUUUUGAAAAUCCUGCGAAGGCAUUUUUGAAUUCCUCGUGCACGAUAGCCGAUCCUGCACGGCUAUUGACCAAUCAAAUUGCGUGUUUCACUGUAGUUAUAAAAUAAAGAUUUAUACAUUUCCAUGUGUAUACGUACGUAUAUGAAAAAUUAACUGGAGAGCAGCCUUCAGAAUGUACUUCUUUGGCAUUUUCUCUGGAACAGUGUAAAAAGCGUUUGUAUGAUAUCAACUUGUUUCCCAGCUCAAAAAUCAAAAUGUUUCUGUUUGCAUCUUUUACCAACUUUUUAUCAUAAGCAGUUGAAUAACCGGCUUUUACUUUGAAAAUGUAAUAUUUAACCAUGUAAUAUUUAUGCAUGAGUCAAUGUAAACCCGGACCCCCCCCCCCUGCCGGGACAAAGUGGGGGUUAAUAGGGGAUUGGUAGGGGUUUAGAUCAGGAAACACUCCCAAGAGGGUGGGGGAUUUGAAGCUUUUAGAAUUUAUUUAUCCCCAGGGUAUGGGGAUUAGGUAGGGAUUAGUAAUGAGCCAGUUGUCGAUUUUUCAGCGGUUGUUCAUCACAAGUGGCGUUUUAACAUCUAGCGCUUAUUAUCUUUGCUUUGUGUGCUUUUGAACAUUUGCAGGUACUAUUGUUCCCAGUAAACUGCAAAACGACCGUUUCUUUAGGCAGUUUGUCAGUGACAGUUUUGUCAAUUACCGGUACGUUGGACAUAUUUGUGUACCUCGUGAUCACAAUUCGUUGCAAGCGGCGUGUGAAAAACUGCAAGUUUCAGUUUGACAGUUCUGGCAGAUAAAUGGUUUCUAAUUUUAUUGUCCAAUUAGGUGCGUAGUUUUGAUUUAAAG